AUGCUCUUGUCCUGGGUCUCAAAGUACAUUCCGGCCAUCGCGGCUAUUGGCGCCUUUGCCAGUCCGUUCGUCCAUGAUCGCGGCUCUCUCCUCCCUGGUUCCCCCAACUGCACCUCGACCCAACACAUCCUCGGCAAGUUCACUGCCGGACCUGUUUGCACCAUCUGGACUGCCACCACCGCCACCACUGUCCACAUUGACUGCAGCGGAUGUCGCUUCCUUGCUACUGAGACCUUGGGCUACGGCCGUGGUCACGGCCCCGUCGUCCACUUCAGCACCACCACUGCUGCUGCCACGCCGCGCACGACUACCACCUACCUUUGCCGGCCGUACUCGUCUUAA